AUGGCCAGUAAGGAAGAAGCAUUACAAGGUUCAAAAGCUGAAGAAAUCAAUAAUGUUCAGACCAUAGACUCUAAAGCGACCAGCCACAUGUCGAACAGUAAAGAUUUUUUCAAAGAAAUUGACAUAAACAGGGAAGGAUUUCUAAGGCUUGCAGAUCUGGGAUCACUGACCCUCGAUCUGUCUCAUACAGAUGUUUGCAGCACUAUGCAAACACAGAUACCAAAAAAGAAAAGCUACGUUAUGGCCAUCAUCGACGAAUAUGGCAGAGUAACACAACAGGAUCAGUUCCCUAAGAAAGAUCAAGCAAUAAUAGCAGAUACAAUCGAUGGUUUAACGACAAAAGAUUAUACAAUCGCCAUUGGAAAAAUCGUCAAACCUGAUAAUGUGUUAUUCGCCUCAAAAACUUCCAACGGUAGAAUUUAUGUCGUCUUAAGUAAACAAGAAUUUGUUGACAAACUCACGGAGACAGCGGAAGCAGAAACUUCAUCCUCCCUCACGCAUUUAAUGCCCUCUCCAAUUCCACCCAACAGUCCAAAAUUCAAGAGAAAGCACAGCCUACUAUCCAGCUCUACACUGUCCACUCAUGACGAUGAGCAAGCCAAGGUGGAAAACUUUGCAGACCCCAUCGAAGACGCCGAACGUUUGGUAAAAAUAUCUCAGGGACUUCUUAAGGGAACAAGAUUUCUAACCAGAAAAGGAAGAAAUAUUUCAGCUUUUAUUGGAAUCCCUUAUGCUCAAGCUCCAAUUAGAGAACUCAGAUUCAAAAGUCCACUGCCUGCAAAAAAGUGGGAUGGUUUGUUUUUGGCUAAUAGAGAAGCAAGCCCCUGUCCUCAAGAUUAUAAUGGACAAAUUAUUGGGGAUGAAGAUUGCUUAUAUUUAAACGUGUUUACCCCCGUCUUGGAAUUCAACUCCUGUAAGAGUGAUGAUAAUUUAUUGCCAGUCAUGGUCUUUAUUCACGGAGGCAGUUAUUUGAAGGAAAGUACUGAACUUGCGGAUUAUUCUCCCAAAUUUUUAAUGGAUAAAAAUAUCAUUUUCGUUUCAAUGAACUACCGACUGGGCAUUCUUGGAUUUUUAACUACGGGCGAUUUAGUGUGUCCAGGAAAUCAUGCAUUAAAGGAUCAAAAUCUUGCUCUGAAAUGGGUACAGAAAGAUAUUCAAGCUUUUGGUGGAGACCCAAAUCGAAUUACAAUAUUCGGUAACAGCGCAGGUGCUGCUUGUGUUAAUCUUCUCGCACUUUCAGAUGCUGCAAAUGGUCUCUUUAAUCAAUAUAUUAUGGAAAGUGGAACUGUGAUAGCCAAUUCUUUUUAUCGACGUAGAACAGAAUUUCAACCUGCAAUCAAUUACAUUGCUAACUAUAUGGGAUGUCCAACCAAUAAUUCUAAAGAUUUUGUCGAAUGCUUACGAGACAAAAGUUUUAAAGAAUUAAUGAAUGCAAUGAAAUACGUCAAUGAUGAGUUUCCUUUAUUGUCAUGGAUACCCACAGAUGAAAUGGAAUCGGAAGAUGCAUUUUUGACUGAUUCCCCAUUAAAUCUUUUAGCUCAAAAUAAAAUGAAGGACCUUCCUUUUAUGACUGGUACAGUGGUAGAUGAAGGAUUAAUUGCAACGGCAUAUUUUUAUGCAAAUAUAUCAUCAGUAGCAAUAACACCAGAGUUUGUGGAAGAUUUUAUUAAUAGUACUUCAAGAGGAUAUUAUGCAAGUCCAAACGUAAACAUAUUUACAGAGAUUAUUAAAGAUUAUUAUUUUGAUGAAUCAAUCAUUUUUUCUGAUAGAUAUAAGAGCGAAAUUCCCGACAGUCCCAACAUAGAACCUUUUAUUUUGAGUAGGUGCUAA